GCUUUUUCGUGGCUUCUUCGACCGGAUUCCGGACAUGUCCGCCUUCCAGCCAUGUUCGUACAGUUCCUUCGAGCUUGGCCAUUGCUGGCCUUCUCACCUGCCACGUUCGCGGACCCGUCGGACUGUUGGAGCUUUCGCCGAAGUCGUGCGCUUUGCUGCUAUGACCUCGCUCGCAAGGAAGCAUGCUUCAGCAGCGUUGAGGACAUGGAGAGGUGCUGUGGAGACCCGGUGAGCCGACACAUUCACGAAAUGAUUUAUCAGUUGCUGCCACCAGAUGAUCCACAAGUCCCAUUUUUGGCGCGCUUGAGAUCAGUUCACUCUCACAAGUCUCAUGUGGCUGCAGCCUUUUUCGUGCACGAGUUCUUGAAGCAAGCUCUGCUAGAGCUAAAAUUCGUUGAGAACCACACCAUUUUGGGUGAAUUGCCUUUCAUGCGGACAGCUUUCCAGGUCGCUUUGAGGUACUUUUUGUGCUUGCAUGUCCUUCAUCGAUUUCUGAGAACUCCACGAUUUGUGCAAGCCAUUCUGAGACGAGAAGACCUCUUAUGGUCGGGUUUUACCCGAAUUUACUUUGCCGCUUGGGGUGCACGGGAUUUCUGCCGAUGUGUCGAAGCCGGCGAGUUCUUUUCCAGAACGGGCGCUCAGCUACUGCAGGCGGGAGUGGGACGAGCACAUUUUCCACAGGUCUUCUUGAACAGCAGUUCCAUAGAACAUCAAGCAUUGAGCCUGCAAAACUGCCGGCUACAUACUGAUAUGGACUUGGAAGCGGGGUCCAUCGUCAGAACUGCAUUCUUUUCACAAUGUAUCCCCGGUGAUCUGUCAACGCUCCUUAGUUUGCUUCAUGGCUGCAUCCUUGAGCAAGAUCUCACAAAAGUUCUGUUGCUGCAUGAGGGCAUUUUUCAGCUCGCCACCUUUGCACAAGAUUGUCUCGACAUCCGAACAUGGGAAUUCAGCGUGCGAGAUGCAGCUCUGCACUAUGCCAGACUUGUAUGGCUUCUGUUGCAGAAUGCAGGGCAGCAAAAUCGAGUGAUCUUUGGCGCGCGGCUGCAAAAGCGGAUUGCCUGGGCCCGUAGGUCUUCUUUGUUUGGGCAAAGAUUGAGUUCACCCGGCACUGGAUCAGCUUGGUAUUCGCAAUGCGGACCACAUACCUUGCACUUGGUCCAGCUCCUGUCACCCUCCCACAAUCAGACGAGGCACGGUCCGCUUUGUACGGAAUUUGGCCGCUUUUGGUUAUACUUGAAUCAUUUGCCGCGACCCGUGGAGGAACUCCAAGCGGAUUCCACGAAUUCGGAUUCCGGCUGUGAAGCGGAAGCGACGGCGCCGGUUCUCCUAGUGAUACCGAUCACCAUGUCGUGGGAAGCGAACCCAUGGCACCAUUUGCAUUGGUGGAUCCCAGUGAUUUGGUAUUCCAAGAUCUUCCUUCAACUCCAAGAAAGAGACACUGAUGUGGCACUUGUGUUUCCACAUGCGGAAACUGACUGGGCGAUCUCAACCGCAGAGGGGAGAAAGCUUGAUUGGAACUUUCGAGGGCACACAGAGCCCUCCAUUUGGUCUAUUUUGCAACACGACUUUCCCUUCAAGACGGAAGAGGCGAUGAUGCACUGGAGAGUGGAUUCCAAAAACCUUCUGGGGCUUCAUGCAGAUCUUCUCAAGUGGAUUUCCGAACGUCCGGCAAGGCCCUUGGCCAAGUACUAUGGAUGCAGCUACGGACGAGUCAUCCUUGGACUCCCUUCGCUUCGCUCCUUUUUGCAAACGCCUCAAUUGACCUGUGCGAAGCUUGAUCAAGUGAAACAAUGGGUUCAAGGAACUCCAGGUUUUAACCGGCAAACAUCGCAGCCAUCCGCUGCAGGUCUGACACUAGCAGUGCUUCAAAGACCACAGCAAGAUGGCCGCCGAAUUCAAAACUAUGAUGAGGUCAUGGACUUUGUCAGCAGGAACUUCAAACUUCAGAUCAAGGAAGUAGAGGGUCUCUCACAUGGAACGCCCUGGGUGGAGCAAUUUCGCCAAUUCGUUGAUGCGGAUAUCCUUUUGGCCGUGCAUGGGGCUGGCCUUGCAUGGCUAUGGGCACUACGACGUGGUGGCGCUGUCGUGGAGUUGAGGAGCCAAAGUUCUCCGGUCUGGCUGCAGUGUUCUGAUCUCUGGAACAACGACUACUCCCAAAUCUUUGGAGGAUUAGCUCGUUUGGCAGGCAUCCACCACCUGUGCACUCGGCCACACGACGUGAAAGGGAGUUUGAAAGAAGCACGCUUGUCGAACAUCGGCGACAUGAGCGAUGCAGAUGCCUACAAUCAUAGUGAUGAUGUCUUUGUUGCGUUGCCGAAAGCCGAGAGCAUUCUUCACUCAGCCAUAUCGAUUGUGCAUGGAGAGCCUUUGCCUUGCUUGAACUACCAUUGGUGGAUUUAGCUACCGGACCUUCUCUGCCCAACACAUUCCGACGCGCGAAAGCUUCGCGCUCGGAGCGGGUCAUCACCGCCCCGCCGGACUCCCGACGAGGUCAGGACCGGCGUGGCAUGGAGCAGAAACCUGAUGAGAUUUUGGCAGCACGGCCCUCGCAACACAUGCAGAUUUCGGCCGCGGCUGCCGCCACUGUCGGACAUCAUUAUCAUUGCCGAUCAGCAGACAAGACAUUUCUGACAUGUCAAGACAGUUUGGCUCGGAUCGAAGUGGGUGGGCUCGGAGUGAAGUUUCAAUCUGAGCCUGUAGCAUGCUCAAGAAAGACUUGCUGGAGAACUGAAUGCUCCGUGAACCAGGAAAGCGUGGGCAGCAUGAGU